AUGUUCUACACAUGUGGUCCAAAUGAGGCUAUGGUGGUGUCAGGGCUCUGCCGUUCUCCUCCAGUAAUGAUUUCUGGAGGCAGAGUGUUUGUGCUUCCCUGUGUUCAGAAGAUCCAGAGGAUCUCCCUGAACACUCUGACGCUGAACGUGAAGAGUGAUAAAGUCUACACCCGGCAUGGGGUUCCCAUCUCGGUCACUGGUAUUGCCCAGAUGAAGAUCCAGGGGCAGAACAAGCAGAUGCUGGCCGCAGCCUGUCAGAUGUUCAUGGGGAAGUCGGAGGGCGAGAUCGCCCAAAUCGCCCUGGAGACGCUGGAGGGUCACCAAAGGGCCAUUAUUGCCCACCUGACUGUGGAGGAGAUCUAUAGGGACCGCAAGAAGUUCUCGGAGGAGGUGUUCAAGGUGGCCUCGUCUGACCUGGUCAACAUGGGCAUCAGCGUGGUCAGCUACACGCUCAAAGACGUUCACGAUGACCAGGACUACCUCCACUCCCUGGGGAAGUCCAGGACCGCCCAGGUGCAGAAAGACGCCCGCAUCGGAGAGGCCCAGUUCAAGAGGGAUGCUGUGAUCAGGGAGGCCCAUGCCAUGCAGGAGAAGAUCUCAGCCCAGUAUGUAAAUGAGAUCCAGAUGGCCAAGGCUCAGAGGGAUUAUGAGCUGAAGAAAGCAUCCUAUGACAUCGAAGUCAACACCAAGAAGGCGGAGUCCGAGAUGGCCUACCAGCUACAGGUGGCCAAGACCAAGCAGCGCAUCGAGGAGGAGAAGAUGCAGGUGAAGGUGGUGGAGCGCUCUCAGCAGAUCAUGCUCCAGGAGCAGGAGAUCACCCGCAGGGAGAAGGAGCUGGAGGCCAAGGUCAAGAAGCCCGCUGAGGCCGAGAGAUACCGCCUGGAGAAGCUGGCCGAGGCCCAGCGUGCACAGCUCAUCAUGGAGGCAGAGGCUGAAGCAGAGUCCAUUAGGAUUAAGGGAGAUGCGGAGGCCUUUGCUGUGGAGGCGAAGGGGAGAGCCGAGGCGGAGCAGAUGGCCAAGAAGGCCGAAGCCUUCCAGCAGUACAAGGAGGGAGCCAUGGUGGACAUGCUGCUGGAGCAACUACCACUAAUGGCGGAAGAGAUCAGCAGGCCUCUGGCGCAGGCUCAGAAGAUCACCAUGAUAUCCAGCGGCGGCGGCGAGGUGGGCGCGGCCCAGCUCACAGGGGAGGUGCUAGACAUCAUGACCCGCUUACCAGCGGCGGUGGAGAAACUGACCGGAAUCAACAUCUCACAGGUGGCGACUCGUAUGGGCUGAGGAGAGGCUCCGGGUGCUCAGGUAGACCUAUCAUCAUACCCCUGCCUGGCUGUAGUGUCUGCGUAUGUGUCUACUGUCACAGCCUUACCUUCUCUCCUCAAGUACGUUAUGCCAACGACCUAUCUGUUUCUAUGAUCAACCCUUUCUAUCGAUCCCCUCUUCUUUCCAUGUGUCUUAGUGCCCCUUUUCUCUGCCUGUCUCACCUUUCACCUCUAACCCGUUUUCUAUUUGGCCCUGGAUUCCUCCUCCUAACUGCCUGUGUCCACUGCCUUGCUGCCAAGCCCUAAGUGCAUCUUAACUGGCGAGUUCAAUGCAAGCGCGCAAUCAACUCGUCCAUCCAGUAUUGUCAUUCUCAGCGCUCGGUCUAACUCAUCAGAAAAAAAGGGGACCUGACCAAAUCCAUGUUUCAGUCUUUCAUUGUUUUUAAUGUUACUGGUUGUCGUUUUAGUCUGACAAAAUGUAAUUGGUUAAGAGAAAAUGUCAUGGCUCUGUGGGCACUAAGUUUGAGUAACAAUGAAUGUAAAAAAUAUUCACCAUUCAAAGUAUCCAAUAUUCUAAUCUAUACCUGCAAAGGCUCUUUGGGAGAAGUAGUCUGAAUAGGCCAGUCAACUUGUUUCUCAAUAUAUUAUUAUUUUCUAUGGAUUUCUAUCUGUGUAAUGUGUGCUUUCCCCAUUGAUGUGUGUCUACAGUCACUGUUACGACACAGUUUUUUGAUGUUGUUUUCGUUGUACUUUCUCACACUGAAUUAUCCUAUUUAAUCAAUAUUCGUUAGAAAGGACCUUCUAGUCAAGCAGAUUAUGUAGCAGUUCUCACAAAUGUGACUUGAAUUACUUUUGUCCAGAGUGCUAGGGGACUGGUUUACUGCUCUGUUAUAGCUGUUAAAAUGUAAUAUGAUGUUAUAAUCUUGGAAAUAUUGCACUUCUGCCUAACGCUACGUACUGUAAUGUCAAGCUGUACUAUGUAUGUUAUUUGAGAUGUACUGUUAGCAUUGAAGCUACAUUAUUCUUAAGGUGGUCCUCAGAUCAACGGAAAUAGUAGCUGUGAUAAUGAAUAAUAAAGGGAGUGAUUUUCAGUUAGAAAAAUGUUGAUUGUCGUCAGAAGUAGAAAGAGAGGAGGUGUCAUGUAAAAAGAAGAAAUUCGGAAAAGCAUGUACUCUCUUUUUGGGAACCUUUUGAAGCCCAAACUAAAGCUAGAUGUGUCGUAUUGUACUACUAAUAGAAAUAACUACUAAUGGACAUAACAGCAUGAUAUACAAGCAUUGAGUACAUGGCACAUACAGAAUACACAUCCAUUGUUGCCCUCAGAACAGCCUAAUUUCAUCGGGGCAUGAACUCCACAAGUUUUUGAAAGCGUUCCACAGGGAUGCCGUUGUUGACUCCAAUGUUUACCACAGUUGUGUCAAGUUGGCUGGUGGACCAUUCUUGAUACACACGGGAAACUGUUGAGUGUGAAAAACCCAGCAGCGUUGCAGUUCUUGACACAAACCGGUGCACCUGGCAGGCACCUACUACCAUACCUCGUUCAAAUGCACUUAAAUUUUUUGUCUUGCCCGUUCACCCUCUGAAUGGCACACAUACACAAUCCAUGUCUCAAUUGUCUCAAGGCUUAAAAAUCCUUCUUUAACAUGUCUCCUCCCCUUCAUCUACACUGAUUGAAGUGGAUUUAAUGAGUGACAUCAACAAGGGAUCAUAGCUUUCACCUGGAUUCACCUGGUCAGUCUAUGUCAUGGAAAGAGCAGGUGUUCCUAAUGUUUUGUAUACUCACUGUAUUUCAUGACACUGCAUUUCACCAGAGGAAAGGCAAGUGGUCAUUCCUCAUCCCCGUAUGCAUUGGCUGGUGCAAUCAAAUUUCCCCUCUGGGGGAUUAAUAAAGUACUAUCUUAUCUUAUCGUCCAAUCAAUGUCUCAGAUCAGUAUGUUCAAUGGAAAUCCUCCAGAUAGCAUAGUGUGCUAGCCCUGUGUGUCUCAUGGCAUUGUCGGGUCUAGUGAGAUGACUGAUUCAGUAUAGGAAGUGAGGCUGACAACCAACUUGCCUUAUCCCCCACACACUGUCACCCUUGACCUCAUCGUCACCACACAAGAUCGCGUCUUAUGUACUGAUGAUGUUACACAGAAUAGUCUGUAAUGUAUUGAAUUGUAUAUUUAAUUUAAUUGAUUUUUUGUUUUUGUAUAUAUUUAUUGUUUUUUUUCGAUGUAAUUUGUCAGGAGCCUGAAGGCAUGACCCAUAACAGGUACUCCCGCUAUGGAUAAGUAACCAAACCAGGGACUGAACCAGAGGUUCAAAAUAUGUCCAAAGCAUCAAAAUAAGGGAUAUUUUGGAUGUUGUAAUUACUGUAGAAAUGCCUCUACAGUACCUGUUUUAGUGAAGUAUUUUAAAAUGUGUGUUCAAUUUAGCUUAAAACAUGUUGUACUGUACUCAAAGAUAUCUAAAAUCAGCUGUUUAUGUCAAGUUGUCACAUUUAUCAUACUUUCUUAAGAACCUUCUGAGCUCAGCGUUUUGGCCUGGCUUUGUCAAAAAGGGUUUACCUUCAGUUGCAUCACAAGACAAGAGUAAUCAAACCUCCUUAUCCUGACUAACACAAUGUUACCCUGUUUCUGUGUUGCAUCUUACUAUAACCAGGACAUAAUCUACUUUCAUGGUUGUCUCUUGUUUUACCAAGAAAUAAUAUCAACAGUUGCUGUAUUAUAUAUUCUUAAAUGGCAUGUUUCAGUGAAAACCAAACCAAGCUUGGGAAAAAGUUACAUACUAUACAUUUAAUGAAAAUAAUGAGAUUAAUUCCAUGGCAAGCAGAUUGUAUCCAGGACUGGUUUCAUGUCGUUUUCUUUGAGUUAUAUUAGAAUAGUGUGUUGUUUACUUGGUUUUUGAAGACUUGCCAAAAUUGUAAUGUGUCUCUGUAUUGUUUUCAAAUGGCUGUGCACUAGUGUCAUGAGGAACCUUAGACAUUUGUAUUUUAUAGGAAACAUAUACCCUUAAAUUAUAUCAAAUACAGAAUUCCUUUGAUUCUAUUAACCACAA